CAGCCGGAGGGCCCUGAUGCCAGGAGCUCCUGGAGGAUGGCUGUGCCCGCUGCCAAACCCGAGGGGAGGCUCUCGGGGCUCACAACUCAUCCCUACUAGCCCACGGGUCAGGUUGCACAAUAAUUUGUGGAGGAGAGAUGAGACAAAGAUGAGAUAUUGAAAGACUCCCUAAGAAUAAAGUGGAUAACAGAGAAUAAAUGGCUCAGCUGAGAUACUUGGGUUAGGACCCUAAGAGGGAGCAGAGUGGAAGAUUUUGGGUGCCUGAUUCAGAGGUCUGAAAAGCCAAAUGUCUGUGACAAACCUCCCAAUCCUCAUUCACUGAAGAGCUAAAGGUGUAACUGGGUAUCUUGUUAUCAGAAGCGAAAUGAAUAACUCAACGUACAUAAACUCUUCCACUGAAAAUGUGAUGGCCUUGGAGAGCCCCUACAAAACUGUUGAGGUGGUGUUCAUCGUCCUGGUGGCAGGGUCUCUCAGCCUGGUCACCAUAAUUGGGAACAUCCUGGUCAUGGUGUCAAUCAAAGUCAACAGGCACCUCCAGACUGUCAACAAUUAUUUCCUCUUCAGCCUGGCCUGCGCUGACUUGAUCAUCGGCAUCUUUUCCAUGAACCUGUACACCCUCUACACUGUGAUAGGCUACUGGCCCUUGGGGCCUGUGGUGUGUGACCUCUGGCUGGCUCUUGACUACGUGGUCAGCAACGCCUCUGUAAUGAACCUGCUCAUUAUCAGCUUUGACAGGUACUUUUGUGUCACCAAGCCUCUGACGUAUCCCGUAAAGCGGACCACCAAGAUGGCCGGCAUGAUGAUCGCGGCCGCCUGGGUGCUGUCCUUCAUCCUCUGGGCCCCUGCAAUUCUCUUCUGGCAAUUCAUUGUGGGAGGAAGGACUGUCCCAGAUGGGGAUUGCUACAUCCAGUUUUUUUCCAACCCUGCUGUCACUUUUGGCACUGCCAUUGCAGCCUUCUAUUUGCCUGUUAUCAUCAUGACUGUCCUUUACUGGCAAAUCUCUCGGGCCAGUAAGAGUCGGAUAAAGAAAGGAAAGAAGGAAGCCGCCCAAAACCAAGAAACAGUUUCCCCCAGCCUUGUCCAAGGUAAAAUAGUGAAACCAAACAAUAACAAUAUCCCGACCAGCGGAGAUGGGUUGGAGCACAGCAAAAUUCAGAAUGGGAAAACCAGUGAAGAGACUGUGACCAAUAACUCUGUUCAAGGGGAGAAGGAGAGCUCCAACGACUCCACCUCCAUCAGUGUGGUCGCUUCCAACUUGAAAGAGGAUGAAGCUACCAAAGAUACCAGACAGGCUUCUGCCUCCCAAGCCCAUGUCAAAGCAGAGAACUCCAAGCUGACAUGCAUCAGGAUAGUCACCAAGUCCCAAAAGGGGGACUGCUGUGCCCCUACCAACACUACUGUGGAGAUCGUAGGCACAAAUGGGGAGGAGAAGCAGAACAGCGUAGCCCGGAAAAUUGUCAAGAUGACAAAGCAGCCAGCCAAAAAGAAACCACCCCCUUCUAGAGAGAAAAAAGUGACAAGGACGAUUUUGGCCAUCCUCCUGGCCUUCAUCAUCACCUGGACCCCAUACAAUGUGAUGGUGCUCAUCAACAGCUUCUGCACAUCCUGCAUCCCUAACACCGUAUGGACCAUAGGUUACUGGCUCUGUUACAUCAACAGCACCAUCAACCCCGCCUGCUACGCGCUCUGCAAUGCCACUUUCAAGAAGACCUUUAAGCACCUUCUUAUGUGUCAUUACAAGAAUAUAGGAGCUACAAGGUUUCACUUCCCUUCUGAGUGAUAGUUCUGCAGGAUCUAGAUGUCAGUCUUGAAGAGCAGCUCUCCCUGGGUAACUUCGGCUUUCCUGGCUGUCACCUGCACCCUGUGGUCCCCAAGGCCCCAGGUGGCCCUGCUGCUGGAUCUGCCUCAUCUUCACCUUGGGCUUGGCCAGAGGAUCCCAGCGGCAUGUCCACACCAUGUGCUGCUCUGGCCACUUCUGUUUCACACAGAAAUCAAGCACACUGUGCAGGUAACACAUGAGAACAAAAAGAAAAAAAUCCCAAAAGCUAUAACCAACAACAAAAAAUUUCAGCUAGAACUUCUUGCCGCCUCCUUUUCUUCCUCUUUCAUUAUUUCCAGAAAGAGGCAGCCCAUGGGGAGUGAUUUGUGCUGUUGUGGGACAGUCCUACCUUCCUGCUCCAGGAAGAGAACAGCAACUUGGAGAUGCAUCAAUCCAGGGGCAACUUUUCUGAGUAUUAAAAAUGUCUGUGGUCAAAGAGGAAGGAAGAAAGAAAAAGAAAGGAAAAAGAAACAGAAAA